CUCAAAAAAAGAUGGCCACCUCUUCGUUGUUCGAAGUAUACCUACGGCUCCGCCCUGCCGCUGCCGCUGGCGGCGAACGCUUCCUUGACGUCGAAGCGCCCGACCGUGGGUUCCCCAAGCACAUCACCAUCAGGCCGCCGGAACCAGACCGGCGGAAGCGAGCGGUUGAACGAUUCGCCUUUACGAGGGUUUUCGAAGAGCGUGCUGCGCAGAUUGAACUUUUCCAGGGCACUGGAGUGUUGCCUCUCAUUGACGGCGUGCUCGGCGCAGAGGGUAGGGAAGGCCGCGAUGGUCUCCUCGCCACGCUGGGAGUCUCGGGCUCCGGAAAGAGCCACACUAUCCUCGGGUCAAAGACACAACGCGGAUUGACACAGAUGACACUGGAUGUACUUUACCAGAACAUCGGUGACCUCCUCGUCGACCCCCUCACCUCCUCCUCUGCCUUCCCAUCUAUUGCCGCAGCAGAUGUCUCAGAAGCUCAGAUGUUCCCUGCGUCGUUAUAUCUGGACACUCUCUACGGUGACAGCGCAUCACUGUCGUCGAGGGCGCAAACGCCUGGAUUGGACGGCAACAAUUCGUUCUUUGGCACACGCCAACGCUACACCCCAAACGUAACGGCCCUACCAUCCGUCCCCUCGACCGACAACCUUACCCUCGACGUCGACCAAACCUGCGAAUACGCCAUCGUCGUUUCAAUGUACGAGGUGUACAAUGACCGUAUCUUCGACCUCUUGACCGGCGCCGCCCAGAACCUCAAAGCGAAUGCGAACCGCCGCCGAGCGCUGGUGUUCAAGCCGACCGAGCAGUCACCGGACAGGAAGGUUGUGGCAGGAUUGAAAAAGAUCAUUUGCGGAAGCCUUGAGGAAGCGUUAAUGGUGUUAGAGACUGGACUUAUGGAAAGGAAGGUUACUGGUACAGGCAGCAAUGCCGUGAGCUCAAGGAGUCAUGGCUUCUUUUGCUUGGAAGUCAAGAAGAGGCACAGAGCCACGAGAGGGCCCUGGGCCAGCAGCACAUUAACGAUUUGCGAUCUUGCCGGCUCCGAGCGCGCGAGAAACGCGAAAACGGCUGGCGAAACUCUUGCGGAAGCCGGUAAAAUCAACGAGAGUUUGAUGUACCUGGGGCAAUGUAUGCAAAUGCAGAGUGAUAACCAGGAGGGCAACAAGCGUAACAUUGUCCCCUUCCGGCAAUGCAAGCUCACCGAGCUCCUCUUCUCCAACUCCUUUCCCUCACAAAACCAGCAUCAUCAUGGCUCGCACCACCGCAGCCCCCAAAAAGCCAUCAUGAUCGUCACGGCGGACCCCGUCGGCGACUACAAUGCCACGUCUCAGAUCCUGCGAUACAGCGCACUGGCGCGCGAAGUGACAGUGCCACGCAUUCAUUCCGUCAGCAGCACGAUACAGACGGGUCCAACGGCCAUGCACAGCCAUUCGCAGCGCCCUGGUACGAGCGCUAGUGGACGCGCGACACCCAGUGCGGGCGCAGCGAGCUACAUCGCGCGGAUGGAAGAUGAGCUCGACACCGCGCUGGGCGAGGUAGCGCGGCUGAGUGAGGGACUCGAGGUAGCGCAGGUGCAGCUGCAGGAAGAAGCAGCCCGGCGGCAAGCCGCCGAGGCAUCGUGGCGGGCGGCCGAGGCUAAUAUGCUCGCGCUGGAGCAGGAGCUGCGUGACGAGCUAUACGCGGAGUAUGAGGCGCGUAUUGAGAAGCUGCAGCGGCAGUACAAGGCCAGCUGGGACGAGGAGGCGGACAAGAAUGACGAGCGGCUGGACCGCAAGAUCGAGCUACUAGCGAGGGGUAUCAGCAUUUAUGAGGAUCCGGAGGACAAAGGAGAGGAGGUUGUGAGCGGUGAGGAUGGGAGAGUUAGAGCACUCGAGGACGAGAAUGCCGCAUUGAGGCGGAAGGUUGAGAUGCUGGAGCGGGAUGCACAGACGAGAAGUCCAACGAAGAAGCAGAGGGUGCUGAAGACGCGGAAGUGGGGCAUUGAGAAUGACCCUAUCUUCCUUGACAGCCCUUAGAGAUUGACGGUGUCUUGGAGGAGACCUUUCUUCUCUAACUGUUGGGCUAAGAGAGGAAGGAGGGAGGAGCCUGGCCUUCUUGAUUGGUUGGUUGCAUUUGCACAGGACUUGGGUCAAAGAUUGGGGCGGGAUGGUCCGGGAUCGGCGUUCGAUUGGCUGUCUUAAGGACGGGCAAUGGUGUUUUGUUUUGUCUUCAUAUACCAAAUACCCGUCGGUAUAAUGUUCAGUUACGGUUUCACUUCCAGUUUGCAAGGGUGUCUACGUCUUUUC